AUGGGUCGGGUACGGAGAUCUCGUACACAUCAUGCACAACGCGACGUGCAUCGCGCAUCCCGUACAAGGGCUCGCACAAAAGAUCUCGAUCAAAUCCAGCUCAUUGAUCUAGACCCGAAGAAUCGAGCUGGUCUUGAAGCACAGCCUAUUGACCUCGAGAAACCUGGCCUUGCCCAGCAUUACUGCGUUGAAUGUGCAAAAUACUUUGAGACUGAUACCGCGCUCCAGUCACAUUGGAGGGGCAAAGUGCACAAACGACGGUGUAAAAUUUUGAAGGAGCCUGCAUAUACGAUAGAAGAAGCAGAAAGGGCUGCUGGACUUGGGCGAGAAGGGAAAAGAACACCGAUUUCUACACACGCGAUGCCGAUAGAUACUUAG